CGUUCCCUGCCCCACCCAAGGAAGGGUGGAGCUGAGCAGGAGGAGAAGCUGCAGAAGAGACUAAGGAAGGAAGCAGGAUGGAGCCAGGAGACCUGGAGGAGGCACAUGGAGCCUAGAGACACGUGAAGAAACUGUGCUUGUCUUUUGGUCGUAGACUGGGUGACACAGAUGUGGGUCAACAUUUGGCAGGAGCUUGAGGGAGUGGAGCCUGCUGGGCAACCCUUUUAGCUCCUCCUUGUCAUCCAGGCAGACACACCCUGUGACCUCACUCCUUGGAUCCCAUAGGGACGCAGGGCUGAGAAACAGAUGUUCCCCAAAUGGUUCCUGAACCUUCUGCCUGAUGCCUCAAGUUGUCUACAUCUUGCAACUAUCACCUGGCUGAGAAAUUUCAUCUAUAAAUAAGCAGUUUCUGUUUCAGGUAUGGUUUGCCCUUGAUAUUUAUACACUCUUAACUCCACACAGGCUUCAAACAUAGAAACUGGAUUGGUGUUGGUAUUCAAAUCCUUAGCCAGGGCACAAGGAUCCCCCUCCAAGGAACCAAGUCAUUGACGUGAAUUUCUUCUUUUUGUCUUCGACAUUCUAGCUGCUGUCACGACAGUUGCUGGGGAAUUCCUGACGAGAUUUUCCUUGUCCUUCCAUGCUGUUCUUUCUGUGGUUUCCUCGUUUCUUUUCAGAUCAAGUUCCAGAUGGCUCAGCAGUGCUUCCAAAAUGAGUAUUUUGACAAUUUGCUUAAUGCUUGCACACCGUGUCACCUUCGAUGCUCCAAUACCCCUCCUCUGACAUGUCAGCGUCAUUGUAAUGCAAUGAAAAUAACAAAUGCCAUUCUCUGGACCUGUUUGGGCCUGAGCUUGACAGUUUCUUUGACAAUUUUUGUGAAGCUUUUGCUGAAGAAGAUGAAAUCUGCACCAUUAAAGAAGGACUUCAAAAACAUAGGACCGGCUCUCCGGGAGGCUGAAGCUGCUGAGCUGGAGUCUGGCAGGACUGGUACUGCAGUCCUUUCCAGCGGCCUGGAGUACACAGUAGAGGACUGUACCUGUGAAGACUGUGUCAAGAGCAAAGUGAAGGCCGAAUCUGAUCAUAUCUUUCCGUUCCCAGUCAUGGAAGAAGGCGCAACCAUUCUUGUCACCACGAAAACAAAUGACUACUGCAAUAGCCUGCCAGGGGCAGUAUGUCAUGGGGAUGGAGAAAUCAAUUUCUACUAAUGAACCAUCUCCACUGGUAUAGAGCUACUCUGAAAACCUUGCGUUGGAAGGAAAGGAUGAUGGAGCAGAUCUCUUUAGGAUGAUUGUACUUCUCAGUUGCUGAUACAGCUUUUUUGUCCUCUAAUUCUGGAAACUGUGUCAUAUACAGUUUUCUAUCUUAUUGUUGCGAGCUUCUCUGGGAACUUCCUUGGUUUCUUGAUUAAAUGCUUGAAAAGCUGAAAAAGAAAGCAUUGUAAUGUGUAGAUCCUAUAGUUAUACACUUCUAUGGCCGAGCUACUUCUCUUCUGUACAUGCAUGUCAUCC